AUGCCCCUCCUUCCUCGCCAAACCACCACGAACGGUGUCGUCGUUGUCCCCGCCACGUACGGCGGCUGGUCGAGCCUCGGCGCCGGCGCGAUCGUGGGCAUCACCCUCGGCGCCGUUGCAGGGUUCCUGCUCGUCCUGUGGAUGGUCUACACCUGCCUCAACUUUGGCCGGCCGAUCGAGGCCUCGUCGUCGUCGGUGUACACGGGUACCGCGUCGGUCGUCUCGGUGCGGCGGCAACGAUCCAAGAGCCGGCAUCGCCACCGCAAACAUCGGAGCCCGCGGGCGAGGGUGAUUGCGACGGAGGAGGUGCGGGUUAGGGAGAGCGUGAGCAGGCCGCGGGCACCGAGUGGCGGUGGUCCCAUUAUUGUUGAAGCCGCGCCGCCGCCGCCGAUGCAGGAGCGGAGGCAUAGUCGGGCGCCGCCGCCGAGGAUCGUGACGGAUGAUGAGGAGGAUGAAGUUGUGGAGGAGACGACGCCAUAG